UGGAUCCUUUCCUUGGUGUGUCAGUGUGUCAGUAUCCGCCUCACUCACAAGCCCUAAAGCACGCCAAAUCCGACCAAAUUCAGAGGGGAAAAAAAAGGAGAAAUGGGAGUGUUCACGUUCGUGUGCAGGAGUUCAGAUGACGAGUGGACGGCUAAGCAGCUGAACGGCGAGCUGGAGUCGUCCGCUGGCUCCAACUUCGAGCUGCAGCGCAAGCUAGUCCAAGCCGCCCUCUCGGUUGACUCCUCCGGUGCCGUCCAGUCCUCUUUCUCUUACGUCACACCUUCCUCCGCCGUUUUCCAGGUGAUUAUUGGUGGUGCUGUUGGUGGUGGUGCAUUCAUUGGAGGAGGUGGAGCUGCAGCAGCUGCUGCUCCUGCUGCUGGCGAUGCAGCUGAGGCACCUGCUGCUGAGGAGAAGAAGGAAGAGAAAGAGGAAAGUGACGAUGACAUGGGAUUCUCUCUCUUUGAUUAGUAUAAUUUUUUCACAUUGUUGCCUACUGAAUGUUACUACUUGGUUAAGCUGGAAUUUUGAUUAUAUGAAUUAUGGGUUUAUAGACACUGCUUGCUUUUAUUGGGUAUUGAAUAUCUAUGGUAAAAGAUUGUUUAUGCUUAACUGCAUUUUCCCGUAGAAUUUACCCCUGUAUAAAUUUGUGUGGCCAUUUAUAUGCAUUUUCCUUUUGCCUUGUAUAGGCUCUCA